CCAGUAAUGCUUUUGCAAUAAAUAUUAACAUAUGUGAUUUUCUCCUUAGACUCAGUGAAGUCCAUUCAACCAUUUGAUACAAAUUACAAUGAUAUGAAUGAAUUACAUAAUAUGAUCCACAGAAAUAACAAGCAAAACGGGCAAACGAAUAAACACAGAACUAAAAAAAAAAAACAGAUCCAUAUAAAUAAUAUCCUGGUUACAGUAAAAAUGUACAGUAUGACCAGUCAAGAAAAUCCCUGCAACAUGAUAUUAUGGACAUCAGGCUCUACAUAGUUCAUGUAGGGCUCCCAAACUUUAUAGAAUUGGUCUGUUUUUGAAUGUAAUAUACAUGUAAGGUUCUCUAAUGGCACCAGAUCAAACACCUCUCUCUGCUUUUAACUGUUGGUACUUUUUCAGUGAUCCACUGUAAUAAAAUAUUCUUCCUCGUAGGGCUGGGCGAUAUGGACCAAAAGUCAUAUCUCGAUAUUUUCUAGCUGAAUGGCGAUACUCGAUAUAUAUCGAUAUUUUUUCUGUGCCAUAAUUGGGGUUUCCCCCAAAGCAUUAUAGCAUAGCAUCUCUGUUAGCAUCUCUGUUAGCUUCAUUUUUUCUGAGGCAAACCCUUAAAAAAACAGUCAGUUUUAAUACAAAGCCUCGUGCCAAAUGUCACACAGGUUCCUUUAUUAACAGAGGUCUGCACAAUAUCAAAAUGUAUAAAACAAAUGAAAUAAAAAUAAACUGCCUGCAUAUAUAGAAUAAAAAUGCUUCUUGAAUAAAAUAAAACAAAUAUCCCGUUCCUGCAUAACAAUUAAAUUAAAAUACACUGUAAUUAAUACAAUGUAGACAGUAACAGGCAGACUUUUCCACUGAGGUUGACAGUUGUGCAAAUAACAAAACAUUUGUGCAAAUCUCAAAUAAAACAUGUAAACAGAUAUUGCAUCUCUUUGAGCAAAUCUCAAAGAAUAAUUACAACAAGUGAACUACUGUACAUUUUACAGAUUUUGUGCCAGGAAAACUAACCUUGACUAACAUUGAAAAUAUAUCGAUAUAUAUUAAAAUCUCGAUAUAUCGCCCAGCCCUGCUUCCUCGCUGCAUAGGUAAGAAUACAAUACAGCCUCCGAUUAUGUUUUUUAAUGUCAAGUGUUGCCUCGGGACCCCCAGUACAAGAGAUACGGGAUCCAUCUCCAGCUUUAAACACAAUAUCUUUUCUAUUUCAGACAGCACAUCAGACCAAUACACCUGCAGUUUACAACAUGACCAAAAAAAAUGAGUUAGGGGACCAAUUUCUAUCUUGCAUUUAAGGCACAUGGGUGAGAGAAGGAUUGAAGUGAUGUCUACGGUUGGGGGAUAUGUGCAUUCUGUGUAUAAUUUUAAACUGUAUCGCUUGGGCCCGAUUGCAAACUGAAAUUGAUUUAGCCUGUCUCCAUACAUCCUUCCAUUCUUCAUCAUCAAUUAUGAUGUUUAGCUCCUUCUCCCAUGUGCCUUUAAGCUUGUCCAACCCAACCGGGGGUGUGAAACACAGAGCUUUAUAAAAUAUGCUUAAAGAUAUCUCUCUUGCUGUUAAAAAUAAUAAUAUAUUUAUUUAUUAUUUAGGUCCAUCACAUGCUGAAAGUCCUAGAGGGGAAGGGAUAGUGGUCUCCAUGGUAACGCAGAUCCGCCCCAGCAGCCAGGUCUUCCAUCUCAAUGUCAACAUCCACCGGUGGCGGCGCUGCGGCUGCCAUGGCAACCCCGGGAUGUGAGCAGGCUGUGAUGGCUUCAGACCGCUACGCCAGACUCAUCCUGGCCCAGAUCAACAAGCUGCGUCUUCGCAGCGACUUCUGCGACGUGGGACUCAAAGUAGGAGGGCAGGUGUUCAGGGUGCACCGGCUGGUGCUCGCCGCCAGCAGCCCCUACUUCUCAGCCCUGUUCUCAGGGGGGAUGAGGGAGGCGGAGAAAGAGGAGAUUCAAAUCAUCGGAGUGGGCACGGAAAUCUUUGAGAUUUUGCUGGACUUCAUAUACACAGGGACAAUCAGUGUGACUGUAGAGAACGUUCAGGAGAUCAUGAUUGCAGCAGACAUGCUGCAGCUGAACGAGGUGGUCUCCAUAUGUGGGGAGUUUCUCAAGGAUCACAUGGACCCAUUAAACUGUGUCGGCAUCUUCCAGUUCCUGGAGCAGAUCGGUUGCCUCCAUAUGCUCGAAUUUGCUGAGAACUACAUCUACGUUCAUUUCUUAGAGGUGUGUGUCACUGACGAGUUCAGGGGCCUUUCAAAGGAUCAGAUAGUGAGGCUUUUGAGAAGUGAGGAGUUGAGGAUUGAGGAUGAGUACCAGGUGUUUACUGCAGCUAUGGACUGGGUUCUCCAUGAUGUGACAAAGAGGAAAAAACAUGUUGUGGAGGUGUUGGAAGCAGUCCGUUUCCCUCUGCUUUCCCCGCAGAGAUUAUUCAAAUACAUAGAAGGUAUUACAGACUUCAGCCUGCGUGUGGCGCUGCAGACUCUGCUGAAGGAAUACACCGAAGUCACAAAGUCUCCGAAGGAAAACAAGAUGUACAGUCAGCUGCAACCAGCCAAGAUGCGGCCAAGAAGAAAAGCAAGAAAAUACCUUUAUGCAAUAGGAGGCUACACUCGGUUGCAGGGCGGCCGCUGGAGUGACAGCAGAGCGCUGAGCUGCGUGGAACGCUUCGACACCUUUAACCAGUACUGGACCACGGUGUCGUCCCUGCACCAGGCCCGCAGCGGGCUGGGGGUGGCCGUCCUGGAGGGCAUGAUCUACGUGGUGGGAGAACGAUACGACCCCGUCACCAAGCAGUGGGCGGCCGUGGCCUCUCUGAACUUCCCUCGCUGUGGAGUUGGCGUCUCUCCCUGCCACGGCGCUCUGUAUGCGCUCGGAGGUUGGAUUGGAUCUGAGAUCGGCAAGACGAUGGAGCGGUACGACCCGGAGGAGAACAGGUGGGAGGUGAUCGGGACCAUGUCAGUUCCUCGCUACUACUUCGGCUGCUGUGAGCUCCAAGGAUUCAUUUACGUGAUUGGAGGCGUCAGCGACGAAGGAAUGGAGCUGCGCUCGGCAGAAGUAUACGACCCCAUCACCCGCAGAUGGAGCGCCCUGCCCACGAUGGUCACGUGUCGAGCGUAUGUUGGCGUCGCGUGCUUAAACAACUACAUAUACGCAGUUGGAGGGUGGAACGAGGCGCUGGGGGCGUUGGAAACGGUGGAAAAGUACUGUCCCGAGGAGGAGAAGUGGGUGGAGGUUUCCCCCAUGUCGACGGCGCGCGCAGGCGUGUCUGUGUCGGCGGUGAACGGGCUGCUGUACGCGGUGGGCGGACGGGCCGCCAGCAGAGACUUCUCGGCCCCCGUGACGGUGGACUCGGUGGAGAUCUACGACCCCCACCUGGACGCGUGGACCGAGGUCAGAAACAUGAUCACGAGCCGCUGCGACGGCGGCCUGGCCGUGCUCUGACGGCCGGGGAGAGCUUUAAACUGUGAACGUCUGGAUCUUCUUAAAGCUGAGGAAAGCCUGCACCUUAAGAAACACAGAGGAGGACGGUGUUUCUCUCUCAAGUGGACUGUUGCCCUGCGCGUUCAUACACGGACGCGUGUCCGUUUUGUUAGGUCUUUAAUUAUCAAGAGCACAGCAAGUACUGGGAAGUGCCAAAAAACAAAAGCUCUGCUGUCAUCCGUUUCCUGAUUCUCUGUUCACUGAAUAAUUUUACUUGAAUAUCAGAGUGAAAACAUUUCUUUCCUAAGUUAUUUACGUUUGCAUUUGACACCAUCCUGAAAUGAAUCUUUUUUCAGACUACGCUUUUAUUUUUCUUUAUGUGUGAGAGUUUGUUGGGACUGGGAAUACUGUCCUGUCCUCUGAUGUGAGAGCACUGUCUUUUAGUUUAACUUUUAUUUCCCUCAGAGACAUGUUUGGGUCGUAUCCGGUACCUCGGGGGAAAAUCCCGAGCCUCACUGAAAGUUGGACCAAAUGAGUCAUUUUUAGUCAUAACUGUAAACUUGAACAAUGUGCCACUACGUGCUAUCAGUUUCUGUUCCUUGACCUCUUGUACAUAUUCUGCUGUAUAUCCUGCUGCACUUUUGUCAGUUUAUUCUUAAAUCAAAAUCAGUGACGCCUGGAAUUCAUCGAAUUUGCAGUUUAUCAACAUUUCACGUUUCCUCUUCAGAUGACAUGAGCUCAUCAUGCUUUCACGCUAACUGGAGCAAUUUCAGACACGUAUAGCUGCAAAAAACACAUUUAAAAAAAGAAAAAUGUUUACACCACUGUAAAAUCUAUUACUUGCUGCUUUACACUUUUGGCAUAAUAAACUUUACAAAAAAGAUGCUUACUGUUCGUAUUUUAUAUUUUCAGUAACAUUUGUUGGCUUACAAAAUAAAUCAAACCCUCUACACUGUUAAGUAUAAUACAGGACUGUC